CUGCUGGGACAGUGGCUCUCCCAACUGUCACAGUCAAUGUGCACCAUGUCUGGGAGAAAGCGGGAGGCCCCCGACUCGAUGGAGCAGGCGUGCGUGCUGUGUGGCCGGGCAGCGGCGGACCCGGAUAUCUGCGGGCACAAAAUCCAGCAGCACGGCCUCUGUGCCCACGUGUUUUGCCUGUUUUUUGCCAACAAGCUUUCGCAGCAACCGCUGGAGGAUGUGGGCCUGAUGGGAUUUCUCCCAGAGGAUAUCCGCCGCACGAUCGAGCGGGCAGCGCAGCAGCAAUGCUUCGUCUGUGGCAAGAGCGGGGCUGCCACAACCUGCUGCCGGGAGGGCUGCGACCGCAGCUUCCAUCUGCCCUGUACCACGGAGGGAGGAUGCGUGACGCAGUUCUUUUUCCAGUACAGGUCCUUCUGUGGGGAGCACAGCCCAGAGCAGGCAGUGGAGGCAGCUCCAGAGAAGGACACCACCUGCCUCCUCUGCCUGGAGCUUGUCGGGGACAGAAAGUCCUACGGCACCAUGGUGUGCCCAGCGUGCAAGCACGCCUGGUUCCACAGGGGCUGCAUCCAGGGACAGGCUGUGCGCGAUGGCAUUUCUUGUUUCCGGUGCCCGCUCUGUAGGGACAGGGAUGCAUUUUCUUCAGAAAUGCUGAGCAUGGGCAUCCGCAUCCCCUUCAGUUUGCCAUCGCAGGACCCCCACGCAUAUGAUGAUCUCAGUGAGAGGCACAGCCGCUGCGAUGCCUGUGAGUGCCUGUGCCCAGGAGGCAGGGAGCAGGCAGAGGCACAGGGGCCCUGGGAAUUGCUCCUGUGCUGCUCCUGCGCUGCCGAGGGCACUCACAGAUGCUGCUCCCGCCUGAGGACCACCACAGCCAGCUGGGAGUGCAACAGCUGUGCUGGCCUGGGCACCGCCUCCAGUGGCAGCUCAGAGCUCACCAGCCCCAGCACUAGUAGCCAGUUGGCACUGGGACAGUUCCACAGCACCCUGACACCCAAGAGCAGCUGCCCCAGCAGCACCAGAUAUUCUGGUAUUUUAGAAACCAAAGCAGUUGCUACCAAGUCAGCUGAAAAUGAAACAGAAAAGAAUGAAAUUAAACACAAAGGAACAAAAGCAGUGCCUCACUGCUGCUAA